AUGGUAUCUCUUCGCUCCGUUUUCGGUUCCUCGACCGCCCUCCUGCGCCAAUUCCUUCCCCGUCCCUCCGUAUCCGGUACCUUCAUCUCGCGAUCGUUCUCGCAACUCCCACGAUUCACCCUGAGCAACGGUCUCCGUCUUCUGCGAUCUGGAAGUCGCUCCGACCCCCAAGUCGGCGUUGUUGGUAGUGUAGGAUCCGUGGCGAGACAGCUGGAACAGAUCCGCGGGAUGAAGACAAGGUCAUCAGUGAAGCGUCUAUGUGAUGGGUGCAAGCCUGUCCGGAGAAAGAACAGAGUGUAUAUCAUCUGCUCAAAGAACCCGAAACACAAGCAACGCCAGGGCAAAUAG